AUGUCGUUUGCUGCUACACCUUUUGGUAAUCAUGACCGACUAGAGCCGCGAACUGCACCUUGUGGGAGCAAUAUGUGUUUUAAUGAUGCGCUUAUCGUAACUGGAGAUCCUCUCAACGAAGAAUUUUCAGAGCAGAGUGUUACAUGCUUAGGUCCGCAGAACGAUAAUUUGUGUUUUGGGCCACCCGAUGGCAGCAGGAGCUGUCCAAGAUUGCCCACGGCCCAAGGUCAUGAUCACGAUGAAGCAGGAUAUUCCAGCAAGUUUGGUUCGGCCGACCGGUUUGAUUAUGGAAAGGAAACACCCAGACCGCGCAUUCUGUUGCAACCCGAAACGAACUAUCAAUGCCGUCCUUGUUACGCAGACAAAAUUAUGUCCCAAUGCUACAAACUCAUUCGACCAUUAAACUACAUCGCUUAUGACCUGGGAAUAUACCUGACUGCGCUCCUAAGCCUUGUAAUAGUUGUUGUUACCCUGUUGCGGUGUUGUAAGAGACAAGCGAUGAAAAUAUUGCGGGGUAGAGCCGAUGCUACGUCCGAAUAAGAGACAGAGGAGAUGAAAUAAGUUGUUGGUUGGUAAGUAAAGUCUUUG